UUCGUACAAGAAGACUCAUUUACUUUCCGGUCGUCAACGAGGUGAGUCGUGUCUUAAUAUUGAUAGAGAAGGAGAUCUGACUAAAGAAAAAGAUCUUUUGUGAACUUGUGAGUGUGACAAAAUAAAGAAAUUCUUAGACGAAACAUGGAAGGUGGUGCUAAGAAUGAUGUUAAUGGCGGUGCACCUUUGCCUCAAAGGCCACCUAAAAAUGUUCAAGGAAAUAAAAAUUUCAACAAAAAUCCAUCACAGUCUACUGACUCCCCUAUGGAGAAAAAGCCACGUUUCAUGCCAGGUGUUGGUCCCAACAAUCAAAGCGGAGGUGGUAACCAGAAUAAAGGAUUUGGUGGUAAUAAAGGCUUUGGUAAUCGCAAUCGUAAUCGCGGUAGCGGUGGUAAUAACCAGAAUAGAGGAGGAAAUUUUCAAAAUCAACAAGAGCAAGAUGACUCUAUGCAAGACCAAUCGCAUCAGCCUCCGUCGAAUGCAGAUUGCGGCAAUGACGAUGUUGUUAUGAUGCCACCGCCGCAAAUGCAAAAUUUAAAUCAGAGCAGACAAAAUCAAGGUGGGGGUGGCGGUGGUGGUAACCGUGGUCCCGGCGGUGGUAAUCAAAGACGCGAUCGCAGUCGUAGUAGCGGCGGGGGCAAUCGUGCUAGCAUGGGAGGACCAGGUGGUCCUGGCGGCCCUGGACGUAAUGACGACUUUUUUAUUGGUCAACGUUUGAGGGCUAUCAGCGGUCCGACACACGAAUUGCCAGCCAUUGAGAAUACAGAGGAAACGAAAUUUUCGGGACGUAACCGCCUUUAUGUAGGCAAUCUUACAAAUGAUGUAACGGAAGAAGAGUUACGUGAGAUUUUCAAGCCAUUUGGUGAAAUUGGUGAAGUUUUUAGUAAUCCAGAUAAGAACUUCGCUUUUCUUAAAUUGGAUUACCAUGCAAAUGCUGAGCGAGCUAAGCGUGAACUGGAUGGUACUAUGCGCAAAGGUCGCAUGUUACGUGUGCGCUACGCUCCCAAUGCAACCAUAGUUCGAGUUUCAAAUCUUACGCCUUUCGUAUCUAAUGAACUACUUUAUAAGUCGUUUGAAGUGUUUGGUCCAGUAGAAAAGGCAAAUGUUAAUGUUGAUGAUCGCGGAAAAACCACUGGUGAAGGUAUAGUUGAGUUUGCAAAGAAAUCUUCAGCUAACAUGUGCUUGCGUUUUUGCAACGAGAAAUGCUACUUCUUAACGGCAUCUUUACGGCCAUGUGUUGUGGAGCCGUUCGAGGCGAAUGAUGAUACAGAUGGCCUGCCUGAAAAAUCGUUAAAUAAAAAAGCACCAGAAUUCAAUCAAGAACGCAGUGUUGGACCACGUUUCGCCGAUUUGGGUAGUUUUGAGCAUGAAUAUGGCACGCGAUGGAAACAGCUGCAUGAGUUGUUUAAAUCAAAACAAGAGGCAUUGAAACGUGAACUUAAGAUGGAAGAAGAAAAACUUGAGGCACAAAUGGAGUAUGCACGUUAUGAACAUGAAACAGAGUUGUUGAGACAAGAAUUGCGUAAACGAGAAUCAGAUAAUGAGCGCAAGAAAAUGGAAUGGGAAAUGCGUGAAAAACAAGCUGAGGAAAUGCGUAAGCGAGAGGAAGAACAAAUGCGUCGUACCCAAAAUGAAAUGCAAUCGCGUAUGAUGCGACAAGAGGAGGAAAUGCGACGACGUCAGCAGGAAAACACGCUGUUUAUGCAAGCCCAACAACUGAAUUCUAUAUUAGAUCAGCAGGAAGGUGGUUUCAGUGGCAAUUGUAGUAACUUCGACAAUUUCGGUGGAGCUGGGGCAGGUGGUAACAAUAAUUCAUCGCCCUUCGAUUUCAGAGGCAAUAAUAAUAGCGGUGGUGGUGGCAAUGGCCCAAAUGGCCCGAAUGGCCCUAGUAAUCAGCAGGAUUUCGGAUUUGAUUUCGGUGGUAAUCAAAAUCAAGGUGGCGGCGGUGGUGGCAGCAAUAAUCAACGUGGCGGUGGUGGUGGUGGUGUUGGCGGUGGUGGCAACAAUAACAACAAUAAUAAUGCUGGUAACAACAAUCCAUGGGAACGCCGCAGACGUUUCUGAGAUGAAAUGAAUAUGUGUGACUACUCGGUUGCACCAGACCUUUAAAAAUUUGAAGACGAACAAAAUACAAAAAAAAAAAAAAAAACAAAAAAAAAACAAAAAAAAAGAAAAAAUAGCAAAAAAAAAGUAGAAGAAAAAAGCAGAAAUAAUACGAAUGAGAAGAAAAAUACAUAUAACGAAUCCUGUGGUGAUGUAUUAUUGGGAAAAGUUUCCAAUACGCGCCACCAUGCGUGUGACUUUAAAUAUGUGAAAUAUUAUUUCCGCAUAUAACAUAAACAUGCAAUUUUUAAAAAACAACUUGAUUUUAAUCAUAACUCCCUCUUAAAAAAAAAGAUAUAUUACACUUAGAGAUUUUAGAUGAGAAAUUUGACUACCGAAUAAAAUAUUGGCAAUCAAUUAAUAUAUUUGUCACAAAAAGAGCAUAUGCGGGCGCAGCAGUAUGCACGCUGAAAGCAACAGAAAAUAAACAAAAAAGAAAAGCAUAAAACAAAA